ACGCCGCGUCCAAACUGCGGCUUGACUCUCCUUGCGCGUACCACUUCUCCUUUCGUCCAUCAUCAUGUUGAUUUUUUCUGUCUUCAAAACGCUCACGGAUCAGCGGGUGACAGUCGAGCUGAAGAACGACCUCUCAAUCACUGGUGUGCUUAAAUCCGUCGACCAAUUCCUGAACAUCCGUCUCGACUCGAUCAAGGUCCUCGAUGAAGCAAGACAUCCGCACAUGAUGGCAGUGAAGAAUUGCUUCAUCCGUGGCUCGGUAGUGCGUUAUGUGCAACUGCCGGCCGAACACGUUGACACGCAGCUGCUGGAGGACGCAACGCGACGAGGCUGCCAGUCAAGCCAAACGGUGAACUCUCUGGGUAGGACAAGGCUACGACUGUUGCGAGGUGCUAUGCACUUUUCUGACCGUGUAUCAUUCUCAAAGCAUCCACUAUGGAAAAAUCAAAUUUGCCGGAAAGGUGAGGGGUGGGCUGUAACACUGCAGAUACAGCUGUCUCUAUAUACAACGGCAAUAUACGAACGUUACUGAUACAUAUUAUGACAAAUGCGUGAGCUGUUGGAGAGCUGGCGAUGCUGGGCC